AUGCUUCUCUUCAAGCCUCGCCUCCCCGAUCGGUGCAUCGCGUCGAACCGAUGGGCCGUGAUAGGAGUGCCUACAUGCGCGGGUCAUGAUGCGGACCACGUCCGCACCCCUCUGUCCCUCGGCCACGCACCGUCCAACCUUGUACGGUCUCGAUUAAUUUCCGGGAGAGCAGCAGCAGCAGCAGUAGCAGUACGAGCCGCGUCGAUCAGCCUUGCCAAGCCGCUCUACAUGCAGAGUGGAAGCACGGGAGACAGCCAUCCACAACGAGGCGAGAUCCCGUCGUCGGUCGGACAGCAUCGCCGUCUGGCAGCACCGAUCGGUGGCGUGGACCGCGACCAGUGA